CAGGAGCAGGUGAAGUACUGAGCGUCAGAAGCAGAGGAACGUUCUACCAGCCACUGACCCAGCCUGGAUUCUCUGGCAGCUUCUACAAGCGAUUACAUCACAAAUAUAAAGUGGCUCUGAAGGUUCCAGACCUUCCGUCAAAAUGCAGGAAAACCCAGACAGAAACACCACCUACACAGACUUCAUCUUAGUUGGUUUCUCUGGACCUCAGGAGUGGCGACAACUGCUCUUCAUCCCUUUUCUACUCAUAUUCUUAAUUGCAGUUUCUGCAAACUUAUUUCUGAUGUUUAUAAUUCUGUCACAGAGGUCCCUGCACUCCCCCAUGUGCCUCCUAAUAUGUGCAAUGGCCUUUGUGGAUCUCUCUAUACCAAUUUUCUUCGUUCCAAAACUGCUAGUCAGCUUACUGUACAAUCUGAGACACAUCUCUCUACUGGGUUGUCUGGUACAGAUGUUCUUUAUGCAUUUUUUUGGUGGCUUUCAGUCAACAGUUUUGCUGUGGAUGGCUGUGGACCGUUACUAUGCAAUCUGUACUCCUCUGCACUACAAUGACUACAUGGCUUUCUCUGCUUUCCUUAAGUUCAUAAUUAUUCCCGUGCUGAGAAAUGCUGUUUUAGUUUUAACAGUAGUCUGCCUGGCUGGCUCUCUGUCCUUCUGCCAGCAUGAGAUCGACCACUGUUUCUGUGAGCACAUGGCUUUGGUCACGCUGGCCUGUGGGACCAUACGCAUGAAUAAUAUUGUAGGGCUAACGACUGUUUUCUGUGUCCCGAUGGCUGAUUUCCUGUUAAUCGCUGCAUCUUAUGUUAAAAUAUUUUUCUCUGUGUUUAAGUCGGGGAAGUCCAGCCGAAAAGCUCUCAACACCUGCGUAACUCAUAUUAUUGUCAUAUUUGUAACUUUAAUUUUAGCCUUAACUGCUUUUCUUUCCUACAGGAUAAAUUACAACAUGUCAUCGAACAGCCAUUCUGUAAUCAGUAUGAUGUAUGUACUUUUCCCCAGUUGUUUCAAUCCAAUAAUUUAUGGGGUCAGAACAAAGGAAAUUAGACAACAAGUAAUGAAAACUCUGAACUGCGGAAAAGUCGUCUCAUGA